AUGCUCGGCCCCUAUCUCUGGCUUUUGUUUCGAGACCCGAAGUGGUUCACUGACUGCGACACUGUGAACACCUUUCUCGGCAAGCGGGUGGACGAGGUACUGGCUCGCUUAGAGAAGAGCCAAACGACGAAAUCUGAGAAACCAGAAGGACACCAGCAACUCCUCCUGAUCGACGAGAUGGCUAAAGUGACCCAGGACCGACUCACGCUGCGCUUCCAGAUGAACAACAUCUUCACGCCGGCGCACGACGGCGCGGCCAUCACGCUCAGCAACGCCUUCUUCCACCUCUCCCGGAAGCCGGCCGCGUGGGCGAAGCUCCAGGCGGAAGUGCUGCCGACCAGCGACGCGCCCAUCACGUACAAGCUGCUGAAGAAAUACCAGUACCUCAAGAACGUGAUCCGUGAGACGCACCGCGUGACGCCCAUCUCGACCAUGAUCAUACGCCAGUGCGUCAAGGAAGUCGUGCUCCCGACCGGCGGCGGCACGGACGGCAGCAGCCCGCUCUACAUGCGGGAGGGAGACGUGAUCGAGAUGAAUCUCAGGAACACGUUUCGGGACAAGACCUUCUGGGGCGAUGACGCCGACGAGUUCCGGCCGGAGAGGUGGGAUGAUCUGAGACCCAUGUGGGAGUACACGCCGUUUGGCGGAGGACCGCGUAUCUGCCCCGGGUUUCGCCUUACUUUUGCUGAGGUGGCGUAUACGAUGGUGUUCAUCCUGAGAGAGUUUGGAGGACUGGAAAGUAGGGAUGAUAGGCCCUGGACGGAGGAGACGAGGAGCACUUUCCUGAAUUUGCAUGGGACCAAGGUUGCGCUGUUUCCUGCUUGA